GCUUGGGCCACCCGUGGCUGAGUCUCUACUGCACGCCGUGCGCCUGCAGUUGCUCACAGGAGUCCUUCGACUGCGCGCAGCGCACGACAUUCGAAGCCAGGAGUCGUAACUCCCGGCAAAGGCUCCAACAAGCUCCAGCUCUCUGACACAUCAUGCAUCGCUUCCUCAGCCUCUUGCUGUUUGUGCAGGCGCACGCAUUGAAAAAGGUCCUGGUCACGGGCGCUGGCGGCCGCACGGGCAAGCUCGUGUUCGAACAGCUGAAGGCCGACUCAAAUUACAAACCCGUCGGACUUGCACGGAGCGGCAAGGCGCAAAAAGCUCUCAAGGCGGUCGGUGCGAGCGAUGACGAAGUGUGCGUCGCGGACAUCGCCGACGAAAAGUCCCUGGCGGCGGCGAUGGCGGGCUGCGACGCUGUUGUUCUUUGUACCAGCGCCGUCCCGGCGAUCAAGCCGCUGUCGUUGAUGAAGACGAUGGCCACGAAGGUCCUGCCGUUCGUCAAGACGAGCCGGCCGGCUUUCAAGUUUCCUAAAAACGGCACGCCGGAGGAGGUCGAUUGGUUUGGCGCUAAAAAGCAGAUCGAUGCAGCAAAAACGGCAGGUGUGAAGCAGUUCGUCUUCGUGUCGUCGAUGGGCGGCACGAACCCGGACAAUUUCCUGAAUAGCAUCGGGAGACGCAAGGACGGGUCGGGCGGCGACAUCCUGCUCUGGAAGCGCAAAGCAGAACGGUACCUCGUCGAGAGCGGCGUCCCGUAUACGAUCAUCCAUCCAGGUGGCUUAGUUGAUGAGGACGGUUCGAAGCGGGAGCUGGUCGUGGGCGUGAACGACGAAAUUAUGAAGAACCCGGAGUUCUCCUCGGGCGGCACAAGGUCCGUCGCUCGUGCCGACGUCGCACGCGUAUGCAAGGCGGCGCUCGGCAGCGCGUCGGCGACGGGCGUGGCGCUGGACCUGGUCUCGAAGAAGGCGGGCGACGGGACGCCGACGAAGGACGCGUCAUCUGUUUUUACCUCUCCGGGGAAAUACACCUACGAGUCCGCGGCGACGGACCCGCCGAGUAUCUUUUCCUAAUAAUUUAAUAGUACUAUGA